UCUACUACUUGACUCUGUAACAGUCCCAUAUUCCUGGUAUCCAUUCACCUCACUCCAUCUCUGCAAGACAAUGAAGGAUACACACACCCUGCUCAAUCUGCUUCUGCUGUUUGUGUACCUUGCAGGAUCAGCUGUGACCACUGAUGGAGGGAAGGACAGUCCCAAUGGUCCCUUGGAACUAACCAUUUUGGGACCUGACUUUGUGACUGUGGGCGUGCCAUGCAGUUUUGACUGUUCCGCCCAGUGCUCUCCCUCCUGUAGCUACAGAAUGAGUAUCGACGGGCAGAUUGGACAGGGGAACGAAGUGUUCUUCACAGCUCGCCAAUGGGAGGAGUCCCUAAACCUCACAUGCACUGCAAGGAAUGAUGACUCUGGGAGGUCCUCUACAAUAACAAAGAUACUGCAGGUUUUAGCUGGACCAAGCAAUGUAUUGAUCACAAGCCCUGACUUGAUGACCCCAGGGGCCCCACAAAGCUUCAAGUGUAACGCCGACUGUCGUCCCUCCUGCAACUACACUUGGGGGAUAAAGGGCAGAUGGCUCGGGGGGCAGGGGAACGAGAUUACCGUAACUCCCGAAGAGUUGGCCACCUCUGUUACCCUGAACUGCAAGGCCAUUAACAGUGUGUCUGGGCUCUAUGCCAUGGCCACCAGGACAAUACAUGUGACAUCUGGUCCAUCAGAGGUCCACGUCAUUGGUCAAGACUCUGUUGCAGUUGGCUUCAAGUCCAAGUUUCGGUGCACUGCCAAAUGCAUUCCUGCUUGUGACUACUGGUGGAUCGUUGAUGGUCACACUGUUUAUGGCAGUGAGAUGGAGAUGACGGUCGAGCGACAUGUAAAGUCAGAGAAGAUUAAGUGCUACGCUCAGAAUACGGUCUCAAUGAAAUUUGACUUGGCAACCAAGACCGUACGGGUGGGAGAUGAUGGAAAAUCCAUGGCCACACAGGCUAAACAGACUAUAGACCUGCUUCUGUUUGCCUUUACACUCUCACUCUACACUGUAAUAUCACCAUAAUCCAGGAGAGGGCCGUUUUGUACAAGGAAGUAAACUGUUCUCCACACGCACAUCUGAAUAAUUUGAAAACAUGUCAGCAUUUUUACAAACAGUGCCUUCCAUAUCAGGAUGUUAAGCAUAUUUGCUGAUGAUAAGUGGAGUGGAAAGGCUUGGCUGAAUCUUUCAAUAUUAAAGCACUACGUGUGUGCAAGCAUCAUCACGUGUAUACCCUAUUUGGAAUAAAUAUUUAAUAAAGACAAAUUUACAUUAA